AUGAUUGCUAAAUUCGUACUGCUGCCAGUUCUAGUUGCAGUCGCCGCAAUAAUUAAUACUUCCACUGCGGAAAGCAAUGAAAGUAUUUCAAAUCCCGCGUUUGGAUACGAACUGCUCAUUAUUGGCUUGGAUGAAAAUAGACUACAUACGCAGCAAAAUAGUUUUACCAUCCAAGAACUCAAUUCUAAUUUGCAGAGUUUAAAGAAAAGCGUAGCAUGGAUUGAAAAACUUGUUAAAAAAUCACUUCCACUGCCCGAAACGUGCGCGGAAAUAUCGGAUCAUCCCUCAGGGCUGUACCACAUUCGCCCACAGACGGGAUUUUCCGAUGUUUUCGAAGUCUAUUGUGAUCAGAAAUACGAGGGUGGCGGUUGGUUGGUUAUACAAAACCGGUACGAUGGCUCUGUUGAUUUUUUUAGAGGUUGGAAGGAAUACGAAGCCGGCUUCGGAGAUCUUCACGGAGAGUUCUGGUUGGGGUUGGAAAAAAUUCACAAAAUAACGACCGCUAAACCCUACGAGCUGCGCAUUGUACUGGAGGACUUUGAUGGGAAAGUUGCCACAGCACGGUACGACCGGUUUACAGUAGGAGGAGCAGAGACGAAAUAUGUUUUGAGUACUUUGGGAAACUACUCUGGAACUGCAGGGGAUUCACUUCGCAGCAAUGCGGAAAUGAAGUUUUCGACUUUUGAUAGCAACAACGAUAGACACAACCUUGAUUGUGCAGCCAAUCGUAAAGGAGCUUGGUGGUAUAAUGAGUGUUCCUUAAGUAACUUGAAUGGGCUGUAUCUGAAAGGAAAGCAACCAUUGCAGAACCAUGGGACCAUGAUGUGUUGGGGUGGUUUUCGUGGAUGCGGAUAUGGACUAAAACGGUCUCGUAUGAUGAUUAAAGUUCUUAACAAUUAG